AUGGUUGUUGUGAAAGAACAUAGCUUUGAAUGGCCGCCAAUAGGAGCUCCACUAAACAUGCAGAGAGAUGAGCAUCCGGGCAGCCCUCCUGCUUUUAAUAGCUCUGUCAAUGCGGUGUCGUUUGGUUUCGUAGCCACUGCCAUUCUCAUCUCCAUGUUCUUAGUCAUGGCUAUCUUUGAGAGAUUCCUCAGACCCACCUCGUCGGAUUUGACACCGUCCAGUCGCCGGAGAAGCGGAGAUCUUGAGGCCCAGUUGGGCUUCAAUGGAAAACUCAGCCACCCUUCACCCAAAAUGACUGUGUAUGCAAGUGGAGUUUCAGUGUUGAUGCCUGGAGAUGUUAUCCCCACCUUCAUUGCACAUCCAGCCCCUGUGCCUUGCCCCCCAGAACGCAUUUGUUUGCCUCAACAUCUGCAUAUUUCCUUGCCCAACCCCAACCCCAACCCCACCUCAAACUCAAACUCAAAUUCGAACAUGAGCUCAAACUCAAGUUGA